UGGCCCCAUAUUCAAAGAUGUCGUUUUUUGAAACCAAGGUCAAGAAGCCGAUUGUGGACUUGCUAUCGUCCGGUGUGUCCCCCCAUGCACUAGCGUUGUCCAUGUCCUUUGGCAUCACCUGCGGUGUGUUCCCCAUUCCAGGCCUGACGACGAUUCCUGUGGUGAUUGUCGUGUUCUUGCUUGGAUUGAAUCCCGUCGCGGCCAUGCUCACAAACUACCUCGUGACGCCAUUGAAUAUUGCGUCCGUGCCUGUGUUUGUGGCGUAUGGUAACCAGUACUUUGGCGACAGCAAGGAAGAGUUCUCUGUGAAUGCGCUCUUCACGGGACUCCAAGAAGAUUUGGUCGGCACGUUGUCCCAGUUCCGGUUCAUUCUGCUCAAUGCGAUCUACAUGUGGGCGGCGUUCCUGUUGAUUGCCACGCCGUUGCUGUAUGCCGUGUUGUUCCCCGUCCUCAAGUUCAGCAUGGGAACCAAACCCGCCGCCGCCCCAUCGAAAAAGACCGAGUAACAACCAACACCACGUCCAGCGUCUUCGCAAAAGUGUACUUCAAAGUCGGAUAACUAGUGAUUGUUCUACAUACAUGGCUCGCUAAGAAUCGGUGGCUUACAAGGUGCGGUCCGUGGCCACCGGCUCAUACGUGACCCCGCCCCGCACUUGAAACACGCCAUCGAUUUCUUCCAGUGUCAACCCCUUGGUCUCUGGCAAAUGGUACACCAAGUACACAAACCCGACCGUAGCGACCGCGCCAUACAGCCAAAACGUGGCGUACGUAGACGUAGCUUGGAUCAAACUCAAAAACGUCAAGGACACAACAAGGUUGGAGAUCCAAUUCACGGCGGUGGCGAGGCUGAUGGCGGUGCUUCGGACCGAGAGGGGGUAGAUCUCUGCGUUGAUAGUCCACGGCAUGGGGCCUAACAGGAGGCCACAGUCACUUCUAACGAGCACACGACAAAGAAACGAGCGACGCACCCAUGCC